GUGCCUUAAAUCACGGAAAUCUGGGAGAGGAGCUGAGGGAUUUAGAGCAGUUUUUGGCGAAUGCAGUCAAUGAAGCCGCAGACAUAGCAAAAUUCAAAGAAAUGAUAGAGGGCGAAUUAAUUGCGGCGAAGGAAGCCUCUCACCGUAAUGAAGCUAUGCUCCUUCAAGUUCAAGAAAGUCUUCUCGCAAAAACAGAGGCUGCAGACCAGGAAUACUUCCAACAAGAACGAUUGGGUUCUGAACGAAUUUUGAACACCAUCGAGAAGCUAAGUUUUCGAGCUAUCGAAUUACAGGCAAUUAGGAUGAGACUUCAGUUUCAAGUGCAGGAGCAUGUGAUCAUUGCAAAAUAUCUGGAGCAUUGUUUCGUAAGUCGUCGAGAUAUUCCUGAGGAUAAGUUUCACGCUCUCCAGGCAAUGCUUAUAGCUACUCACCGAAAAGCCGCGGAAUCUUCUCUUAAAAUUCAGACUCUGAAUCAUAUGAUAACGAUCCUUAAAGAGCAUAACGACGAGAAUUCCAAGCUGGUGGCAAACAUGAGGCAAGAGCUGGCUGACGCCAAGGAUGCUCUUAACAAACAGAGCGAAGAAUCGGCUCGUCAAAGGGCCGAAGAAGCUGUUGAAGUUCAGAAAAUGAGUGACACGAUAAGGACCCUCCAUGAGCAGAACACUGAGGGCGCUGCACUGGUUGCCAGCCUGAGACAAGAAGUGGCCGAAGCAAAGGAUGCUUUCAACAUUCAGGUCGAGGAGGCGGUCCAGCGCAAGACCGAAGAUGCUGCUGAAAUACAGAAGCUGACUGACGCCAUGAACAUCUUGAGAGAACAGAAUGAUGAGAGUUCCGCACUGGUGGCAAACAUGAGGCAAGAGCUGGCUAACUCCAAGGAUGCUCUCAACAAGCAAAGCGAAGAAUCAGCUCGUCAAAGGGCCGAAGAAGCUGUUGAAGUUCAGAAAAUGAGUGACACGAUAAGGACCCUCCAUGAGCAGAACACUGAGAGCGCUGCACUGGUUGCCAGCCUGAGACAAGAAGUGGCCGAAGCGAAGGAUGCUCUCAACAUUCAGGUCGAGGAGGCGGUCCAGCGCAAGACCGAAGAUGCUGCUGAAAUACAGAAGCUGACUGACGCCAUGAACAUCUUGAGAGAACAGAAUGAUGCGAGUUCCGCGCUGGUUGCAAACAUGAGGCAAGAGCUGGCUGACGCCAAGGAUGCUCUUAACAAACAGAGCGAAGAAUCAGCUCGUCAAAGGGCCGAAGAAGCUGUUGAAGUUCAGAAAAUGAGUGACACGAUAAGGACCCUCCAUGAGCAGAACACUGAGAGCUCUGCACUGGUUGCCAGCCUGAGACAAGAAGUGGCCGAAGCGAAGGAUGCUCUCAACAUUCAGGUCGAGGAGGCGGUCCAGCGCAAGACCGAAGAUGCUGCUGAAAUACAGAAGCUGAUUGACGCCAUGAACAUCUUGAGAGAACAGAAUGAUGAGAGUUCCGCGCUGGUUGCGAACAUGAGGCAAGAGCUGGCUGACGCCAAGGAUGCUCUUAACAAACAGAGCGAAGAAUCGGCUCGUCAAAGGGCCGAAGAAGCUGUUGAAGUUCAGAAAAUGAGUGACACGAUAAGGACCCUCCAUGAGCAGAACACUGAGAGCUCUGCACUGGUUGCCAGCUUGAGGCAAGAAAGUGGCCGCAGCAAAGGAUGCUCUCAACAUCCAGUUCGAGGAGCCGGUCCAGCGCAAGACCGAAGAUGCUGCUGAAAUACAGAAGCUGAUUGACGCCAUGAACACCUUGACAGAACAGAAUGAUGAGAGUUCCGCGCUGGUUGCGAACAUGAGGCAAGAGCUGGCUGACGCCAAGGAUGCUCUUAACAAACAGAGCGAAGAAUCAGCUCGUCAAAGGGCCGAAGAAGCUGUUGAAGUUCAGAAAAUGAGUGACACGAUAAGGACCC